ACUGCUAACUUCACUACCGCCUGGAAACACCUUCCGUUACCGAGUUCACGGACUCGUCCGGGCGGGCUUUUCCUUGCAUGACCGAAGCUACAUCUGAGCACGCUUUCGUUCACAAAGUUAUAAACGCACAUACAGGCUGCGAUAUUACCUACACCGACAGCGGUCUAUUUGACUUUGUGCCGAGAUAAGCCUGCGCCUGGCCAGGCACAAAGCAAGGCCGCCAGCAUGAAGCUCACGGACAAUGUGCUGCGGAGUUUCAGGGUUGCGAAGGUUUUCCGAGAAAAUUCCGAUAAAAUCAACUGUUUUGACUUCAGCUCAAAUGGCGAGACGGUGAUAUCGAGUAGCGACGACGACUCGAUUGUCUUAUAUGACUGCCAGGAGGGAAAACCUAAACGGACCCUGUACAGUAAAAAAUAUGGAGUUGACCUCAUCAGAUAUACACAUGCUGCCAAUACAGUCGUCUACAGUUCCAACAAAAUCGAUGAUACUAUACGGUACCUGUCGCUACACGACAAUAAGUACAUUCGUUACUUUCCUGGGCACAAUAAGAGGGUUGUUGCACUUUCCAUGUCUCCUGUUGAUGACACCUUCAUCUCUGGCUCCUUGGAUAAAACAAUUCGGCUAUGGGAUCUUCGCUCUCCCAACUGUCAGGGACUGAUGCAUCUGCAGGGGAAGCCAGUGUGCUCAUUUGAUCCUGAGGGCCUGAUAUUUGCUGCAGGAGUCAACUCUGAAAUGGUCAAACUUUAUGACCUGCGCUCUUUUGACAAAGGUCCCUUUGCUACAUUUAAACUACAGUAUGAGCGAACAUGCGAGUGGACCGGCCUAAAGUUCAGCAAUGAUGGCAAACUUAUCCUGGUUUCCAGCAAUGGAGGAACACUUCGACUGCUCGAUGCUUUCAAAGGAGCUGUACUACAUUCAUUUGGGGGCUACAACAACGGUAAAGGUGUGAUUCUGGAAGCUUCCUUCACCCCAGACUCUCAGUUUGUAAUGAUUGGUUCAGAGGAUGGGAAGAUCCAUGUAUGGAAUGCUGAGAGUGGAAUGAAGGUGGCACUCUUGGAUGGGAAACAUACAGGGCCUGUUACCUGCCUACAGUUUAACCCCAAAUUCAUGACAUUUGCCAGUGCAUGUUCAAACAUGGCAUUCUGGUUACCCACAAUCGAUGACUGAAGAGCUGAGCUCUGUGCUACACGUUCAAUAUGACAAGUUGUUCCUUGUCAACAGAGGGCAGCAUUUCCACUGCCUCUACUUUAUUGGAACUGUUGUGGGACUUGUGGACUGUAAAUAGGUUGACCAUGAGGUCAAGUUGUAUUUCUUUCAUGUUCAUUUUAUACUUCUCAUUAAACAAUGUUCUUUUGUAAAUCACUGUAAUCUGUUUGUGAUGCUUGUUUAUUUCUGAGGUUUGUGGUUGCCCUGGAACAAUAGUUUCAGCUGUCAAAAACAUCUUUGUUUAGAUUUUAGCAUGUUUCAGAAUACAAAGAAUAUGUAAAUAAUGCAGCUUAAAGAACUGUCUGUGAGACAUGUUUAAGGAAAUAUGUAUACUGCUCCUCUUCUGUAAAUGAUUGGGAAAAAAAGUUUAGGAAAUCUUGUUUUAUUCCCCAAACCUUAACUCAAGCUUGUGCAACUGCUGAGACGUUAUUCUGCCUCAAUAAAAGAAUGAUUAAUGGUA